AUGUCAACAAUCUACAUCGUAACUUUAACAUUACUACUGUCUUCUGUAACAGAUGGAUUUCAACUAAAGAAACGAUACCUCGCAUAUAACCCCGCAGACCUUUCUACAGCAUUGGGAUACCAAAAUCACCAAGUGCACGAUCUGACGUCAUUAGUAAAUGAAGCCAGUGGUGCUGCGCACGCAACCGGAAAUGCAAAAACUCAGACUGGACAGGCGGCAUAUAACGUUCCAAAUUUUCCUGCUAUGGGACAAAACCAAAUACAGUCGCAGACGGGAUCGCUUAGCGGUGGUUCAGGCACUGUUGUGGUGAACCCGAUUGUUUCCGGUACAAACGGCGUUGUUUCACAAGCUUCCGGUUCUAGCGGAAGCGGAUCUGCCUCGUUUUCAGGAACUAAUCAAUGGCGUUGCGAUGCACACGUGGUAGAAACAUGUGACACACAAUGUUUGGACGUUGAUCCCAAAGAUGGAUGCCCAUUCUGUAUCCCAGGCUGCCAUUCGUCGAUAGGGGGCUCUUCUUCUAGUGGCGGACAAGCUGCUCAAUCAGGGAGUGGUAUUCAAAAUCAAGGAUCUCUCAAUGUUGGAACUAACCAAUUGUCAAAUUCUGGACCAUUUGCUGUAGGGUCAGGACAGAACUCCGGAACACCGACUAGUACGGCUGCUCAGUCGGGAAAUUUAGGACAGAACACUGGAACACUCUCUGGUACUGCGAACCAAUCAGGGAAUUUAGGCCAGAACACCGGAACACUAACUGGGACGGCUGGUCAGACAGGGAACUUAGGACAGAACACCGGAACACUAACUGGUACGGCUGGUCAGACAGGGAACUUAGGACAGAACACCGGAACACUAACUGGUACGGCUGGCCAGACAGGGAACUUAGGACCGAAUACCGGGACACUGACGGGUACGGCUGGCCAGACAGGGACAGGUUUAGGCGGAAAUUUGAUACAACAACCAUCUGGUCUAGCUGGCACGAGUGGAAUUAACCAGGGAACACAGGCCAAACAGGGGACUUCAGGAGCCACAUUAACCAAUUCAGGCACCACAAAUGUGGCAUGUCCACAUUUUCCACCAAACUGUCCUAAAAUGUAUACAGUGUUAGACAAGAAUGGAUGUCUCGAUUGUACAAUUUUGUCUAGAAAUUCGCAGACGACAAAAAGUCCUGUAACUACAACAACAACAACUACUACUACUACAACAAUAACACAACUUCCGGUAACUUCAAGGACAUGCGCACCAACACGAUGCGUAGCGCCCUGUAACAUUGGUAUUGUACUGGACGCGAGUGGAUGCCCGCAUUGUCGAUGUCCAGCUCACAUCUGAUUUUAGAAUCA